AUGUUACUGCCUCCAGUUCAUCACUUCUUGCCACUCUAUGAGUUCAUUAUUGUUGUGCCCCAGAGAAAGAUCUACCGCAUAAUAAAGUGUUUUAAUGAAUUUCCAAGUGGGCUGAUCACACUUCAUGAGUUUCAAAGACAUUUCUGCAAUGGAACAGGGAGCGAUGAGUCGGCUGAGUAUGCAGGGCAGAUAUUCUGCACAUCGGACAAUAAAGGGAGCGCAAACUACACUGAAUGAAUUAGCGCUGUAUAUCACGUGAUUCUGGAGGGAAUCAUUUUCAUACAGCUGGAACAGGACAAUUCUGUUUUUUUCAAAACAAUGGUCCAAUCCAUCAUCAGUCUGGAGGAGUUCAUAGAGGGAGCGCUGUAUGAUGAUUGGAUCAGGGAGAUUCUGGAAUGUGACCCCAGCAUAGUGAUGGAGAGGAGGGACACCGCUUUGGGGGCCCAUGGGUUACCCAGAAACCAGCCGGUCUACCGGGGGCUGGAGGGUCCUGACGUGACGGUCCCACGCUGCUUUGUGACUUCGCCUCAGCUCCGGACUCUCACAGACGUUGUGGUUACUCACUCUCCGCGCCUCAGGCCACUUCUCUUUGCACAGACUCCACUGAUAUGA